GUCUUUGCAAAGAGUGUGAGCCGAGGGGGCCGCGCUUCCCCACGCCCCGGGGCUGCUGGCUCGCGUGGGCUGUCGCGGUGUCUUGGGGUCCGGAGCGGCGGCCGUCGCCGCCAUGGCGCAGGUGCUGAACCUCAACAAUGAGGUUGUGAAGAUGAGAAAAGAGGUGAAGAAGGCCAGAGUUCUUACCAUUCGCAAACUCACCAGACACAUUGCAAAACUUAAAUUAAAAAAGGGUUCGGAAGAUAUGGUACUAAAGAACCAAAGGCGAGCAGAGAGAUUACUAGAAGAAAUUCAUGCCAUGAAGGAAAUGAAACCGGAUCAAGUAACCAAACUUGCUCUUGGAGGAGAGAUCAAUUUUGAGCAAGUCUGCAAAAAGCCAAAUUCCACUGCAGCUGACAGAGCGACUGCUAGACUAGCAGCAAACCCACUGUUAAAGACAAAAAUUGCUGAUAUUAAAGCUGCAGUAAAAGCCUUUAAGGAUGCAAGACAGAAGCCACCUAAAACUCAAUCUUCAUAUGAUCAUAAAUCAGAAGAACAGCUUUCUCAAAAGCCUAAAUUGAGGCAACAUUCUAAUAGCAAUGUAGAUAACCAGACACAUACACUGGUUCUAAAACAGCAAGAAGCUAAAACCAAGAUGAAUGUGAAAACAGCUACUAACAUAGAAAAUAAACAAAUCUGUGAGAGCGAAUGUGAGCAGAAAUCUUCAGAAACUGAAAUAACAGAUUUUCCAGGCGAUUUCUCAUUGCAAACUUCAGAAGAACAUUCCGUAGUUCAGGAUCAAACAGAAAUGACAAUUGACUGGCCAAAAAGAAAAAAAAUUACAAGUGCGAACAGGUUCAGGAUAACGAACAAAUCAAAGAGUGAUGUUAGUGAUAUGGAAGAAUUUGAUAACAAAGAGUAUUUUGAUGACAGCACGGAAGAGAGGUUUUAUAACCAGUCAUCCGAUUCUGAAGAUAGUAUUAGCGAUGAUGAUUUCUUCAUCGGCAAAGUAAAGAAAAAGAAGAAGAAAGUGGCAAAUAGUGACCUUUCUUCAGCAAAGGAAAAGAAAAGACUAAACAAAACAAAAGGCUCAAAGUUUAUGACGAUGCAGGAUGUCAUCACAGAAGAAAGUAAACCAAGUGCAAAAGCAAUGAAGUUGGAAUCAGUAUUUUGCAAAUCUCUGUCCAGAUCUGAUCAGAAAUCCAAAAAUAUGAAGAGAAAUGUUAACUAUCAGACUUCCAAAAACAGAAGAACAGCUUUUCCAAAAAAUGAACUGCGGGUAAAGAGAGCACACCUUGCUAAAGCUGCAGGUAUAAAAUAUGAAAAUAAAAAAGAGCAUUUAGAGCAACCGCUUCAUCCUUCGUGGGAAGCAAGCAAGAAGCGUCGGGAACAAAUAUCUCAAAUUACAGCAUUCCAGGGGAAAAAGAUUAAAUUUGAUGAUGAUUAAACUUUUUUAAUGUAAAUUCAUAUUGUUAAAGAAGAUUCUUAUAGUUCCCCUCUAGUUCGGUAUCUACUUUUGAGCUGUAACAACUUGUGUUUUGACUGGACCUUUGUGACCCAGAUAUUAUAGAUUGAUAAGAGAAUAUUUAUCUUCUUGAUUGAGAUGAUACUUGCAAAAUUGUUUGGAAACUAAACCUUUUGCAGUAUUUGAGAA